UGGAUACAUUCCGCUGAGCCGACAGUUUGUGAAACGCAGUGCUGCAGUAAUUUUUAUUGCUCGGGAGAUUGUUGUUUGUACUGCUCGUUUAGAGCGUCAGUGUAUACACACUUCGUGUUCUAAUUGCCAAAUAUGGCGCAAAAGCCCACUCCGGUCAUUAAGGAGCCCGAGAAGAGCGAAUGGGUCCCCGGCAAAGGUCGUGCGGACGCCGAGCGUGCCGUGGACAAUCUGAAAGAGCGACGCGUGGAGGAAGGUGAUGAGUUGUCGGAGGAGGAGAAGUUUCUGCGGAUGUCGGAUACGGAGCGGCGUAAGAGUCUGCGCACCAACGACGAUGAUGCCGCCUACCAGAACUUUCUGAAAUCCACCGGCUCCUUAGGACGUCAGAGCUUCUCAUGAAUAAAACGCUACUGGAUACUUCUGGAUGCCCCUGUGUGUUCUUUGCCUGGAUUGCCUCAACCAUCCCAAAAUUGUGCCCUUCCUCUCCUUUUAUCGUUGGACGAUCAUGUACCCUGGAUUUCCUUCCUUGUGCCCACUGAUCGAAUACUAUUAUACAGUCGUUGUUGUUCUUCAGUUUAGUUUUUUCUGUUUUAAAUUCGACGGUAAUAAUGUGCGGUAGAAUGCUGGAAACAAGAUCUGUUAAGCGCCGUAAAGCGUAACGUUGUAUACAGUGUACGUGUCAUCCUGAACGUUUUUGUAAUUGCUGGUAACAAGAAUAUUAUCAUCAUAA